CGGCAAUAGGAAGGACAAUAAAUGCUUGAUUCUCAAAUUAGCAGGAAUCAGCUCUUAAUCGGAAAUCGUCAUUUAUCGCUCCUUGUCCUUUCACUUCCACUACCUGUAUAUUCUCUCGCAUGGCUGAAGAACAGUUAAAGACGGACUCACAUCCUCAAUAUACUGGGAAUGCUUCACUGACGCGUAAUUCAUCUCCCAGAAUUAAUGCAUUGUCUCUUAAAAGACCAGCGUCGCCGACUUUUGAAGACCAGGAUUCUCGGAAACGAUUUAAAGAAUCUGAAGGAUCAAUGGAUAACCAAUGCAAAGAGGAUGGCGGAACUGAAUCACAGCUAGUGGAUGAUAUUGCUCAAGAAUUAGAAUGCGGUUGCUGUUCCGAGUUAUUGUACAAGCCUGUAAUGGUUUCGCCUUGUCAGCACACCUUUUGUGGCAGUUGUUGUCUGCUCUGGAUCCGCAACGGUGGCACCAACUGUCCUGCUUGUCGUGCAAUCUCAACAACCGCUUCACCGUCCCGACCAUUGCAACUUGUUCUUGAUGCCCUACUACGUAAUGUGCCUCAAAAAGCAAGAACCGAACGAGAACGAGAACAAGCUGAUGUGAUUUACAAAAGUGGCACUACGUUGAGGUUUCCAUCUCCACGAGAAGCAUCUCCGGAACCCAAUGUCAACAUUAGCGCAGAAUAUGCUCGUCCGUGUCCUCAUUGUUCGCCCAACAACACCUACGGCUGGAGUUGCCCUUUACCAAUACCUGAUCCAGCUGUCGACCUUGAACAUGCUUGGCAUUUAGACGACGGUCUACCGACUGGACACGUGCAAUGCGGUAAUUGCGAAACUUUCCUCGCCCUCCGCGCCCCUUCCACAACGAGAUGCGACUUUUGUCAGACGUACUUCUGUGGCGUCGGUGUGCCAUCUAGGUGCUCAGCAGCACCAAUUCCACUGCAGCAGCCUCAUGGAUUCACAGAUAUAGGUGACCUAAUACAGUCAUCCGACAUCUAUGAAUGCUUCAAUAGCAACACAGUCGAAGUUGAAAUCAUGCUUGACUACAUUACUGCCCAAGGACUUAGUCCCCGGCAUAUUUACCGAGACAUCGUGAAGUACAUCUUGGAACAACCAAGACAGUUCCGACCUCUCAUCGAAAUGGAACUUUUCAUUGUAUCCCAUGUUGGUCCUCGCGUUGAAACAGACUCCUUGGCUCCUCUACACAGGAUAUGUCGAUCAUGUGCUUGCGAAAUUUUUAUCUGGGGCAUUAAGGAUUGGUGGAUUCGUGAACGAAGAAAAGGUUUCCUGGAAGAAAGUAUUAUGAAUCGCAAAGAUUGCCCUGCAGGUAGUGGUUGUGCCAUGCAGAGCGAAUUUGGUCACGCCAAAGAAUUCAAUCACAUCGACGGAAAGCCAGUGGGAUUUACAACCAUUUCUGCCGGCUCUGCAACACCUACCGAAGCUACCGAAACCACCGCAAUAACAGAGGGUGGCCAUUCGCCUUCUACUGCAGAAUCCAUUCCGGCCGUUACAUCCGCACCUGUAUCCGAAUGACGGUUGGACUGCAUUUCUUGCAGAUUUUUUUGUAUAUUCACUGGCCCUGCUUAAUUACAUACUUUUAAUGGUUACUGGUCAAUCUAAUCUGAAUACUCAGUACUCAGUGUCGGUCAUAGUGACAAGAAAACCAAGGAUCAUGAUGAACAUGUCGUCUGAACUAAUUUGUCUGCUUGAAUCACUAGUAUACAAAAGUAUUUUCAAAUCCCCCUAUGCG